AUUAAACUGCACACGCAAAGAAAUAGCUGUGAAGGGUUUUCCUAAAACACCGGAUCUCAAGUUACUCAUUUACGUUGUUAUGAAAUGCAAAUAGAAGAGGUGUGGUUUUUUAAAAAAUGGUAAUUUUUUUGUGACAGUUGGUUUAGUUCUGGUUGUCCAAUCCUUUGGGUACUUCUUUAGGUACUGUCGUCCCAAACUUUCCGAAAAUUUCCAAUCGUAUAUCAAAUAAAGUCAUCGUACAAGUUUUGGAUAAACACACGUCACGAGCUUGUCAAACUGUAUAAUAAAUAUAUGUUGCAUUACAUUUACAUGUAUUCAUUAAGCAGACGCUUUUAUCCAAAGAGUUUUGUCUAGAGAGCCAACAGUAAAUGUCGUCUAAACUAUAGAGUGAAUGCAGGUAACCCUAACUGUUAGAUUCCAAUCCACCUGAAUUCAGCAUAUAGUGUUUUUGAGAUGACAUUACUCAUUAAAGGUUUAGACUGCAAACAUGAGAAAUAAAUCGAAAUAUAGACUACAAACUCGUCAGCAGGUGGAAAUGCGUUAUGAAUAUGAAUUUAAUGUUUUAAACAUUGACGUGGCUGUAUAGGCGGCGCGUGUUCUUUCAGCUGUCAACGUCACAUGACGUCACACAUGUAACCAAAAUGGCGGAAAAACAACAACACGGAAAAGCUCAGGGUGAAGAAGACGACACAUACGAGAUCUUAGAUCUGACGACGUAUGCACGCAGUCAACAGUGGUGGAGCACAGUGUUUGGAAACAAUUCUGGCCCCAUUGCUGAGAAGUAUUCUGUUGCCACUCAGAUUAUGAUGGGUGGCGUCACGGGUUGGUGUGCAGGAUAUCUGUUUCAGCGGCUGGGGAAAGUCACAGCUACAGCUGUAGGAGGAGGAUUUCUGUUGCUGCAGAUAGCCAAUCACAGCGGCUACGUCCAAGUUAACUGGAAGAAAGUUGAGAAGGACGUUAAUAAAGCAAAGAGGCAUCUGAAGAAAAAAGCCAAUAAAGCAGCUCCUGAGAUAAACACAUUUAUUGAGGAGGCUACUGAAUUUGUGAAGAAAAACCUUGUUAUUUCCAGUGGAUUUGUUGGUGGAUUCUUCCUGGGUCUUGCUUCUUGAGUUUGUGGUGAUGUCCUGUGGUUCCUGGAGUUACUCUACACGCUCAUGCCAGUUCACAGAAGACUGCUUCACUCGCUUGAGUGUUUUCAGUGGGUUUGAUGCAGAACGUGAAUGUGAAAGAGAGAUUUUGCCUGGACGGGUCUAAUUGUACACAUGUCUUACAUUCAACACUGAAGCUUCAGAGUCAGUCUACAACACUGGGAUGUAUUUGAAUAAACAUCUAUUAUCUGUCAAAACACAAACAGCCGUAAAGCUGUUUGUCAAGUUUUGUUUGUUCUUGAAGUUACUGUGGUACUCUUAUGGCUUUAAUUCCACUUUAUAUUUGUUGUAGAAUGUUAGAGGUGUUUAUUGUUUCAAGUCUCAGUGUAUACAGUUACAAGGCUUUGAAAUGACAGUAUCUGUUUGUUUACUUGGUAAAUAAAAAUCACUCAUGAUCAAUGAUUUGACGUGUGUCUAUUCAAAGUAUAAAGAUUGGGAAUAAAAAG